GCUUAUUUACUUGUUGCUGCUACUGUCCUCGAACAUGACAGUCUACAUAUGUGCUGUUGCCGACUGCAAAUCCUCUUCGCAGAAGAAGGAUCCUGAGGUGAAGGGCUGGGCUCGUUUUCCAAAGAAAAAAGAGGCUGCCCGAAGACGUUUGUGGGUGACCAGAUGUAAGAGGGGACCUACAUGGAAAGCCACCCGACACCAUGCACUGUGCUCAAAUCACUUUAUAGACUGGAACAACGGGCCGUCACCAUCGCAUCCUGAUCCAGAGUUGUUCGGCUACAAUCAAUGGAGGCCGAAAAACAACGCUGGUGCCAUCAGUGGGCUUGGAGCACGAACACCAGCGGCUGACAGAGGCGAUCAAGAACCACUAACCCAGUCACUGCCCUCUUCACACUCUGCCCCUGCCUUGCCAGUCAACAUUGACUUCAUAAAGGAAACUGACGAAGAAGUACAAACUGAUGUCCAUAUUGAAGUCGAGACAUGGGCUCACAAUGCAUCAGUUCAAGUUGAUGCUGAACAGUUUCUCCAGAUAGAGGUAGUGCCGGAACCACAGGAUCACACCUAUUCAGCAUCAGCCAUUGCUACUACUUCAGCAGCUGAGCCCAAGGAUGUUGGAGUACAAGUUGAAAGGGAGGCAGAUCUAACAGAAGCACCUACUGAUCAGAGAGCCCGGACCAGAGGAAGGAUUCUUGCUAGUGACAAGAGUGUUCAGCGCUAUACAGGUCUUCCUAACAAAAGUGUUUUGAUUUCUAUUUAUCAGACCAUUAAAAAGAGAGCAAAAACAAUUAAUUACUGGAAAGGGCCAAAAAGCAUAAAGGAAAAUUUAAAGAAAGGGGCACGUGGCCGUAAGAAAAUACUAGAUACUUUUGAUGAGUAUUUAAUUACACUUGUGUACAUCCGUCAAGGUUUUCCGGGCUGGUUUUUAGGCGACUUAUUUGCAGUCUCACAAGCUUCAGUUUCAUGCAUCACUAAUACCUGGAUAAAUGUAUUGUAUGAGGUACUGCAACCGUGGCUAUUGUGGCCUUCAGCUCAGCAAGUUAGGGACAACCUUCCUGAUUGGUAUCCAGUAAAGUAUGCAGAUACAAGGGUAAUUUUGGAUUGCACAGAGAUUUAUAUCAACAAACCAGCAAACUGCUCUGCUCAAGCAAUGACAUACUCCAUGUAUAAGCAUCACAACACUGCCAAAGUUCUUGUUGGCAUAACACCAACAGGAAUUAUUACAUUUGUGUCAACUCCAUAUGGUGGUAACACAUCUGAUAGGCACAUUGCAGAGGUUGAACUGAUAGACAAAAUUGAACCAGGAGAUGCUGUCAUGGUGGAUAGAGGGUUCAAUAUUGGAGACCUACUGCUGCAAUCACCUACAUGA